AUGAACUUAAAAAAAGCUUUCAUUUUAGAUCAUGGUGCCCAUGGUGCUCCAGGACGGGAUGCCGGAUUUUUCUUACCUGCAACAAAUGGAGAAAGAGGUGGUGAUGGUGGUAAUGCAGGUGCAGGAACUAGUGGUGCCAAUGGUGGAAAAGGUGGUACGAUUACCUUGCAUAUGAAUGAUACAGACUCUGGAUUGUUAAUGUUAUUUGUGACUGCAUGGACUCCAAAUAUUUCUUACAGUUUAGAUGUAAAUGGAGGAAUGGGAGGUAGAGGAGGGACAGGUGGUCGUGGUGGCAAAAGUUAUUCAGACACGCAAACUUUCAGAGCAAGUAACGGAGCUAGAGCAGUAAGAAUUAAUUAUAAACCAGGUGGCUCUCCGGGCCGUAAUGGUAGUAAUGGGCUACGUCCAACAUCUGCUCUUCAUAGUGGUACACCAGGAACUAAUGGAGUCUUCCGAUUUUUGAUUAAAAACAGCAUUACAAAUGAUGUUACAGAAUAUAACGAAAUUUAUGAUAUACGUUUGCAAGAUGUUAUUAUUCACUCUGUCACAGGAGCUUAUGAACCUGGCGCCAAAAUUAUUAUAGAUUCUAUAAAUGUUUACAAUAAAUCUAAUACGCCCACACCAAGACGGGAUAUCCGCGUUAAUAUUAAUGAUGCAAAAUGGAUUCAUAACCAAAAGUUAAAGGAGCAUAUCUUAUUACCACAAAGGAUUGAGAAACCUACCUUAAAAGAAAUUAAUUGUAAUCAACCUUUUUCAUUUCUUAUUGGAGAACAUAUAGUAGAUAAGCCAGGUCCUCCUCUUCGAGCUUCUGAUAAAUUACAUUUGAUGGCAACAAUGACUGGAGUUGAAAGAGUAUUUCCUACCUUCGAUAUCAAUGGCCAUACUAUCAAUAUUCAAUUUCCUAUUGAACUCACUCGUGUCUCACACAUGAAUUCUAUGGUUGUUGGUCAUGUGGCUAAAGUUAUCUGGAAAGUGAAAAAUACAUCCAACGUGGAUUUUGGCGUUCAGGCAAAAAAUAAACGUCUUAUCUGUGUUAGGUUGUGUAAAGUUGGUGGUGAAGUUUCACCUUCAGCCUUAAAAUUUGGAUUGAAACCAGAUCAGAAAGGUGUCUCGACAGUUCCACCAGUACAAAAUAUGGAAAAUGAAUAUGGUUUUGAGAUUCCUUUACUAAAAGCUGGUGAAACAUUAAAGUUGGAGGCUGCUUUAACAUUAACUGAAGCAGAGGCCUUUGAAUGUGCGGAUUUUUGGCUUUAUUUAGAACUUGGAAAGAUUGAGGUACCUUCCACACCAAAAAUUGUUCAUAUUUUAUCUUUCGAUAUCAGAGUGUCAACUAUCUAUCGUGGGUUUCCUCAAGGAUUUUAUCCUGAUGUUUUACUUGUUACAAAUCAUAAAACAACACGCGAUGAAUAUUUGGCAUGGGUCAAGUUAUUUAAAGAAACUCUUGGUCUUCGAUUUUUCACUUGGGAUAUAUCACAAAUGGGUCAUUUUAGUCUUAUGAGUAAUAUAACAACACUUUACUCGAAUGAACCCACUACAUUAAUGAAGGACUUUUCUGGAAAAACCAUGAUCGUGCUAGGUAAUGAUUUUGAAUACGGAGAAUAUGGACAAAAAGUUACUGCACGAAAUUUAAUAUUGAAGAAUGAGUGGAUUGAGGCAAUACAUAAGAAUGAUAGCAAUGCUGGAAAAGAUGAAUGUGUAAAUGUAUUAGAUGAGCUUUUAACAAAUGCUUUUGAAGAAUUCAGAGAGAACAAGUCUGAAUUUGAAAAUGUUCGUGGAUUCACACAAUUUAUGAUAGGAAAAGAUGAUGUUAUUUUAGAAGAGAUUCCUCCAGAAAAUGCAGAAGAAAAUAAUUUAGAAAAAAAUAUUCCUGAAGAAAAUAACCUAGAAAAAAAUAUUCCAAAAGAAAAUGAUCUAGAAGAAAAUGAUUCGGAAGAAGAUAUAUUGGAAGAAAAAUUUGACAUCAAACAACUUACUAGCGACCCUGCAAAAUUGAUUGAAGAAAUAACUGAAGUACAUAUUAGACCAAAGCUCUUUUUUAACAUGGAAAAACGAAUGCGUAAAAAGGCCACAAAAAUUGAUAAAAAUUUGAGAAAACUUCGUCCUCAUUUCCAGCAUCAUGUGAUAUAUCAAUGGAACAAUGUAAAAUUGAGCUUAUUUCAAUCAAAAAAGAAUCGUGAAAAAAAAGGUGGCAGUGUAAUUGUUACACCAUCCAUGACAACCACAAAACGACGGGUUGACGUUAAACUGUUUAAAAUAGAUAGGUUACCAGCUUUCAACUUUUUGUUACGAAUGAAAAAAUUUUAUCAUUAUAUAAAUUUGAAAUUCAUCGAUUCAAUCUCUGCUUUUUUAACAGCAUCUUGGCAUAAAAGCACAUUAGAGUUUAUCUCUACACCUAUUAAUUUGAGAGGCAUUAUCGCAGGCUUAGGAAUUGAUAACCAUUUCUGUAUCUUAGAAAUGAUUUUUAUCACCGGACCACUGCAUGAAGGUGAAGAAACUUAUGAUAUAGACUUGUUCCUAAAGGGCAGUCAUCGAACACUUAACGAUAAAGACAAAUACGUGGCCGAAUUACUCAAGCAGCAGAUUAUUUAUGACAUUGCUGUCGAAUUAUCAGCCAUAUGUGAUGGAGUUGGUGGCAAUUCUUCCCUUAAAGAUGAAGAGAUUCUUGGGAUGAUGGAGAACUUGAGACGUUUGGUUUGGAAAGUAGAAUCAUUAAGUGGCAAAAAUUGUUUACCACCGGAAACAACCAAGGAAUCUUUAUUGCCAGCUAUCUCUGAUUAUAAUGAUGAUGUAGAAAGAACGGUUGUUGGUGAUGCUGGUGUAGAGGACGAGAUAAUUUUUUUCAUGUUUCCCGUAAAACAGGACACUCCACUUGGCGAAUGGAUGAUGGAUCAGGAAUAUCCCAAUCAAUUUUACCUAAUCGGAGAACUGCAAAAAUGUAACACCAUGGAUCUUCUUCAUCGUAUUGGAGAUGCCACGAUUAUUGAUUUCGCUGAUCCAAGAUCGUCUGAAAAAUUGGAUCAGUUAAAUGUAAAAAUUGACAACAGCAUAUUGGAAGAAAAUGAUAUAGAAAAUGAAGAGUUAAUUGAUCCGCCAACAUCAACUCUUAAAGAGAAAAAAUCUUUAGAUUCAAUAAAUGAUGUUGCAUUAUCCCUCAAAGUGAAGGCACCUUUAAUUUCAAUAAAUGAUGUUGAAUUAUCUCUCUCAAAAAAAGAAUCUUUAAGCUCAAUAAAUGGUGUUGCUGAUUCACAAGAUAUCAUUCCCGAUAAUCCUAAUUUUCUCUCAAUUCAAUAUGAUAAUUCAACCGAAAUUUCAUCUCCAAAAUCCAUUUUUUCAGGUCUUUCAUUUGCAUCCUCAAUGACAAGAGCUUCAAAAAGGUCUUCAUCUAGUUUUUCUUCUAGUGGUCUGUCAGCUUCUCGCUCUCGUAUUACAUAUAAAAAUUUGGAUCCAAAACGACAACAAACAAUCAAUUCGUUUGAAAAAGGUGCAAAGUUACAACUUUGUACUAAGAUUCAAAAGCAUUAUAAACAAUGGAAAAGAGCUUCAGGAAUUUUUGAUUUGUCAAGAAAGGAUUUACGACGAAAAGCAAUGGAGACCAUUUUUGAGCCUUUUGAAUUAUUGGUAGACAACACUUUGUAUGGUAGAAAUAUCCGAAAAAAAGGUAAUGGACAGGUUGGAGGAGUGAAAAAUAUAAUUAUCUCAUACCCAAAAUAUAAUCAACAAAAAGAAGUAGAGAAACAAAGAAUCAAUAAUAUUAAAGACAUGAUUGAGAAGUUUCAGAUUUUCCACAAUCAAAUGAUAUUAGAUACUGUUAUAGAAUAA